AUUACAGACUUACAGUAAUUCACUUCUUUUCCUUAUCUACAUAUAAUAAUACAUCCACUUUCACUAAUUAUAUUUUAAUAAGAAACUAUUAUAACAAUAUUAUGAGGAGAAGAGCUCAGGAUUUCCGGCGGCCAGUUCACCGGGGACUCUCGAAAGUGUUCUGGUUGACAUUGUGUGGAUUAGUUGUGUUGCUGUUGUUUGUUCUUUUAAGCCGUGAGGAUCAGCCUUCCUCUAGAUCCAUUGUAUCAUUUAAGAAAAAUGACAGGCAGGACAGGAUCAUAGAGGGUCUUAAUAUCACUGAUGAAAUGGUUAGUGCUGAUUCAGUUUCAAGGCAACUUGGUGACCAAAUUGCUCUUGCAAAGGCCUUUGUUGUAAUUGCCAAAGAAAGCAACAAUCUUCAAUUUGCUUGGGAGUUGAGUGCUCAGAUUCGUAUUUCACAGUUUCUUCUCUCAAAUGCUGCUCUAAGACGAAAUCCUUUGACAAUUAGUGAAUCAGAAACUGCUGUUCAUGAUAUGGCAUUUCUACUUUACCAAGCACAGCAACAGCUGCACUAUGAUAGUGCAACCAUGAUUAUGAGACUGAAAGCCAAAAUACAGGACCUUGAAGAACAAUUGAGUUCUGUGAAUGAGAAGAGCUCCAAGUAUGGACAAAUAGUGGCCGAAGAAGUGCCAAAGAGCUUGUACUGUCUUGGAGUUCGGUUGUCAACUGAAUGGUUCGGCAACUCUAAUCUGAAGAAAAAAAUUGAAGAGAAAGAGCAAUUAGCAACAAAAUUGACUGAUAACAGCAUGUAUCAUUUCUGUGUUUUCUCUGACAACAUUCUGGCAACAUCAGUUGUGGUUAAUUCAACUGCUUUGAAUGCCAAAUAUCCCAACAUGAUUGUGUUCCACCUGGUGACAGAUGAAGUUAACUAUGCUGCAAUGAAAGCCUGGUUCACAAUAAACAGUUUCAGAGGAGUGACUGUAGACGUACAAAAGAUAGAGGAAUUUAGCUGGUUAAAUGCUUCUUAUGUGCCUGUCCUUAAACAGCUCCAAGACUCUAACACUAGGAGUUAUUAUUUUUCUGGCAACAAUGAUGGAGGUAAAACUCCAAUAAAAUUCAGGAACCCUAAAUAUCUAUUAAUGCUGAACCACCUCAGGUUUUAUAUUCCAGAAGUUUAUCCUUCACUGAACAAAGUAGUGUUUCUGGAUGAUGAUGUUGUGGUUCAAAAAGAUCUGUCGCCUUUGUUCACCAUAGAUCUACAUAGCAAUGUUAAUGGUGCUGUGGAAACAUGCAUGGAGACGUUUCAUAGAUACCACAAGUACUUGAACUAUUCUCACCCACUUAUAAGAUCACAUUUUGAUCCGGACGCAUGUGGAUGGGCAUUUGGAAUGAAUGUUUUUGAUUUGGUUGAGUGGAGAAAAAGGAAUGUCACCGGCAUUUACCACUACUGGCAGGAGAAAAAUAUAGACCGGACCUUGUGGAAACUUGGCACAUUGCCUCCUGGCCUGUUGACCUUUUACGGAUUGACAGAGCCAUUGAAUCCUACCUGGCAUGUGUUGGGUUUAGGCUACACAAAUGUUGAUCCUCAGCUGAUUGAGAAUGGUGCUGUCUUGCAUUUCAAUGGGAACUCAAAGCCUUGGUUAAAGAUUGGUUCCGAAAAGUACAAGCCCAUUUGGGACAAAUACAUUGACUAUAGUCAUUCACUACUGCAGCAGUGCAAUGUUCAUUGAUUUUAAGAUGGUUUACCUGAAUCAUUUGCUGGUCCGCAAGGAUUGUUUUUGUUUGAUAAAGCGCGAACGGGGUGGAACUUCAACGAAAGUGAAGCAAAGUUAGUGACUGUCCUGGUAUGAGAAAUCAGGCUGGUGGAUUAAUGUUUGUUGUAUACGUUAUUUAGGUUAUACUGCUGUAUCUUUGUAGAAUGAAUAAAUUAUGAUAAUUUUUUAUGCAUAUAUAAGAAGGUGGCUAACGGAAUUUAUUAUGUGUGAA